UUUAGACAACAAACUACAAUGAUCUUUCAUGUGACAUAAUUAUGAUAAUUUAUAGUCGAUCCAAGUAUAACGACCAUUAGGAACGUUAUUAAAUGUAAUUAUUUUAAAAUUUAUUUAAAACAUUCAACGCCCUGUGUGGUAAGUGUCUAUGGUGCAUGACAUAUUAUUUAGCCCAUCACAUCCCAUCCUAUUUAACAUUUGGAAAUAUAGUUACCAUACAUAUAUUACACUACUGUGAAAUCAAUCCAUUUCUGAACUUCCUCUGAUGACAAACAUGGUAAAAAGAUCAGUGUAACAUGAUACUCAUGACACUUGUACCGUGAAUUAUAACAGUAUACCUACUUGAUAUUUGUAAAGUAUCAACAAACUUACAUUGUCGUGAUGAGAAGUAAUAAUUAAAUGAAGCAUUCAAAUAAAUGUAUUUUGACUGCUAAACUGUCAAUUAACUGACAUGUCUUUUCUGCCUGAAAAAGAACCUCUGAAGUUUGAUGUUAAUCUUUGUGGGGCUCCUGAGGAGAUUAUUCAUUUAGUAGAUAAUAUAAAAAAAGUUGGAGAACAAUUUUUAUACCAUUGGAAAACAUUUCCAAUCGUUUUACCUCCUACAGCCAUUACAACAAAAUGUCAAAUAAAUGGAAACGAUUCAACUUAUGGCUCAGGAACAGAUUCAAAUUGUACCCUUGCCAGGCGAGCCAUAACAUCUAUCCGUUCAAUCAAUUGUCGAGAUUUAUUUGUACCACCGUCUUUUGAUGAAUUAGAUGCAGUUGCUAUUAACACUAAGGGCGAACCUAGACACUUAAAUGCUAAGCAGCUAGAAUCGUUACGUGAACGAGGUCUGGACAAGGACAUACAUGGAAAACCAAAGAAGUUGAAUUCAAAACAAUUGGAUACUAUACGUAAAUUAGGGGAAUUUGAAGUGGCUAGUAUUAACUUUGUGGGUCAAACACACAAAUGGAGGUUAACAGAAUGGUUACAAAAAGGAACAGAGAGAAAUCGAGAAACACUUUUAGAUGAUUUAGCAUUUUCUUUACAAUUUUUAUUAGUAACUGCAAGAGCUAGACUAUUUUCACAUUUUUUUAGCAUAGCAGAUUCUAUAAAAGCUAUACUAACUGGUGUAAUUAAAUUAAUUGAUAUAAUAUUUGGAGUACCUUCUUUGCAAGCACACAAUUUACCAGAAAAAAUAAGAGAAGAACGCUGUCGUUAUUUAGUUGCUGAGUUAAUUUGUCGACCAGAAUUAGAACAUGCUUUAGAACAUUUAAUAAGUUUUGUACGAAAACAGUUGAGAAAAGCAGCUACUGAAAAAUUCGAGCCAUCAAAGGAAGCUAUGUUUCCUCAAAUUCCUAUUCCAUACCAGUUUUUAACACCUAAACAUGAAGAAAUUGAUCUAAGACUUUUUAAUCGAGAUAUAAUGAAAAAAGCAUUGCCUGUGAUAAUGGGAUUGUUAGAACGUGAAACAAGAGGUUGGUUCCUACAUUUUAGAGAAAAGCUCAUUUAUGAAUUGAAGGCACAGAAAUUAUCCGAUGAAGAAAUUGAAAAAUCCGUUAAUGAAGCUGUAAUGAAAGAGUAUUUACAGCGUGUUUAUAAAAGUAUAAUCAAUAAUAGUGAACUACAAAUGUUAGGUGAUGGAAUUCCUAAGUUAUUGAUUAAUCAGGCACAAUGCAUUGUUCUUAUGCACAGAGCUGUUGAAAAUGUACAAAGAAAAAUUAUCAAACAAAAAAAUACACUAUCUCAAAGAAUGCAAUACACUUAUCCUGUUUUAUCACGUAUUGGACCUUGGAUGAGAGACAAGCAAAGAAUUGCUGAGGAAAAGUUUAUUCAAGAAUGUCAAUGGAGUGCUCAUGAAGAAGCAUUGACUCUUUGCAAAGAAUACAAUUUACAUCAAGCCGUUUAUUUUUUACAAAGAGAUUUAACUUUUAUGAGAGAAAGAGAACCAGUUUUAUCUAAAGAGCUUAAAGCUGUAAAAAUACCAACUAGAACUUUUCAUUGGUUAACGCAAAUUUGGCAUCCAAGUAAUUGGAUUGUACGAAGAUCAUUCCAAGGUCAGUCGGAAACCAUACCAACUAUUUUAAGUUCAACAGCCACAGCUAUUACUACACCUAGAUCAAAUCCCUGUCAAGCUGUAUUUUUAGUGGAAAAAGAAAUUACUCGCUCAACAACUACCAGGUGGCCAUUCUGGAGAAUAAUAAAUUACUUCUAUCGGACAUGGACAUGGACAUGGAAUGCAAUGUUUUUCUUUGGUGUGGUCAUACCAUGGUGUAGUCCUGUAAGUGUGCGUUCAUUGUUCUGUUCAGAAUCUUUUUAUCCUGAUUUAGAAUUGUCACAAGUUAAUGGUACAUUAUUUCCUAGAAAAUCAUCACUAACCUCUACACUCCUAUCUAGAUUAAACUUACUUUGGCGACACAUAUCAAAAAGCCGAACUCAUUUUGAAACAAAACCUGAUACAGGAUUUAUUGGUAAAGGAAUGACAAGACAUUUAAAUCGCAUUUGGAAUUAUGUAAUUAAAGGAAUUCUAGGUACAUUGGCUAUGUUGAUAAUAUUUCCAAUUAUAUGUCUCUCUGCAAGUCUUGGAAGUCUUAUGGUGGCUAUAACUGGUCCUUUAUGGAUGCCUUUAGUAACAUUAUUAUUACAUGUAUUCAAUGGCUUAAUUUAUGAUUUGGAUUCGCCAGCUGAAUGGAAAAACAGAUACUUUGUUAUAAUUGAAGCAGUAAUAUGGAAUAUAAUUAUACAGGGCAUUUUACAGCCACUAAUAGCAUGUUUGAUUGCUUUCGUAUUAUGUCCUAUAAUUACAGUCAUUUUAUUCUUUGUUGCAUUGCUGAGGUAUUGGUUUCGUCUAGCAUGGGAUAGCAUAAUUUAUCAUUUAGUUAUAAAAAAACGUGGACGAAUACCUGCUUGUGAUAGUUUUAUUGUCAAACGAGUUGCUGGUCCAGGUAUGGCAUCAGAUUAUUAUUUUCAAAUUCGACCUGAACAAGCUUUAGCUGCAUUUGAAGCUAAAAUGGAACUGGAUGAAUUGAAUGCAUAUCAAAAUCUUAUGGAACAAAAAAUUCAACAGCCUCAAAAAGAUUUUGCACGUUUUGUUGAUGUAUGUUUUGGACCAUUUAGUGCACAUUUAGCUAAAAAUGGAGCUUAUCGAGUGCUGGAAAAAGAAGCACAAGAUUUAAUGUCAGCUCUCCAUGACAAAUUAGAAAGGAGAUUAAGAGAACUUCAAUCUGGUUUGUCUACAACCCUAAAAUCAAAAAUUAGACUUACUUCUAAGGAUCUUAAAGUUACAGUUGCUUUAGCAUCAAAAAUGUUGGAAUAUUGGUAUCCUCAACAUGUAAUUCAAAAAUUAUCUACUAGUGAAGAAGAAUUUUGGGAAUCUAAAGGAAUUACAAUAAAUGAUUGGUCUGCUCUUGCUGUUGUAUUUUUUACAGAUAUAUUCAGCUUAGAUUUUCUCACGCCAUUAGAUGAUACAGAUACAAAAUUUAAAUUGGAGACUGAGCACAGUGUAGACUUAUCCCGAUUUUCUAAUGCUAUUCAUACUAUUAAUUUUGAUGGACAAAGUUCAGAAAUGUUAGGUCCAUUAUACUCAUCUCGUGGUAAUAUUCAAAUACAAUCACCAUAUUUGGAAAUUUCUGCAUUUAAUCCUCGUUCAAAGUUACUGCACUGCAAAUUCAAAAAAUUAGAUAAUGCUUGCAAUAGCAUUACGUACACAAUGUUAUUAGGGGGACGUUUUAAAACUGGUACACGUAAACACAAAGCAUACUUGGGAACAAAUUCAGCACAAUCAUCUCAACUAAACAAAUCUCGGCCGUGGAAACGAUCUCAACAGCCAUACAUGGCAGAUAAAAUGUGUAUACCCUUACCUGUUCCUCAUCCAGCUCAUAUUGCUCUCAUUAUACACAACCGUGAUUCAGAAUCUCCCAUCCCUCUAGAGUCGGAAAAUUGCAUUGGAAUCUUGCGAGCAUUAGAAGAUCGAUCAUCUGAUCUUUUAUCAACUGACUAUAUUCUGGCCAGCAGUUUUGAUAGUACAGAUUCUCAUAGUUCACUGACAUCAGAAAGUGCAGAACCCGAAGAACAAAACGUUAAUGUAUAUAACUGGCAACGUGAUGACUGGAUGUUACGAACACGACAAACUGGAGCAGUACGGGUAGAAUUAGCAUCACCUGAAGAUAUAAGUCUUGAUUCCGAAUCUACUCGUGUUGUAUUUGGUACAUUAGGAACAACCGUAUGACUGAGAUAAUAUAUACUUAAUAAAAUCAAUUUCAUGACAAAUAAAAAAAUAAUUUAUAAAAUAUACUUUUCAUUUAAAAAAACACCAAAUAGUUUAUUAAUUAUGUUAAUAAAACUAAUAUAACUUUAGAUUGGUAGUACCUGCAAUAUUUGUUAUAGAUAUAUAUUAGUGUAUACAACAAAUACAAU